GGAUUUAGUUAGUUAUGUUUAAUUAGAGUUAAUUAGGAUUACUUAAUAUUAAUUAGGAUUACUUAAUAUUAAUUAGGUUAGUUAGGGGUUAAUUUGGUUGAUUUAGCUUUAAUGACUAAUAGAGUUGACGUCCGUUAAUCAGGUUUUCUGAUGAUUUUUCAAAAUCACAGGGACACCUGGUGAUGAAUUUUGAAAAACACGAAAGUAUCAGGUGAAUGUUAAGAAAUCUCUAGAGUACAUGGUGAAAAAUCCAUUUUUUUUUAACAAUUGUAAUGACAUGACGUGUCAUAGCGAUUUGUCAAUCUACCUUUCUUUUGUGGCUAAAUGGUAGAUACAUAAUCCAAUGAAGGGUAAAACCGGACUCCACAUCACUUAAAAUUCCAGAAAGCACAAAAAAUCAUUUCUUUUUUUCUCUAAAACCCCGAAAAAUUAUUUUCAUUUCCUUUUAUUCCCUUAAUUUUGAGCAGUGAUAUUAUACUACAGUACUACUCACACCCAAAAAUAAAAAACCCUCGUUAUAUAUAUUUAUGUAGUGAGUAUCUCAACGUCUCACAAGAGAUCUGCACAGUUUGAGACGAAGAAGAAAGAGAGAGAAAAAACACACCCACAAAAAAAAAAAAAAAAAAACCAGAACUACAAAUAAAUAACAAGAGUAUAACCUUAAUUAAUUAUUGUUAUUUUUCUUCAUUUUAGAGAUCUGAAAAUUCAUCGGAAAAAUCAAGAAAAAUGAGAAUAAGGAAAAACGCAAGGUCAAUAACACCAUCAUCUUCAUCUUCUUCAUUUCUUGUUUGUCAGCUCAAUCGUUCACCUUGGGAUGUCGACUCUUUCUCUCUCCUGUCUUAUAAGUGGAGAGUCCAUGGAAUUAUCAUACGAGUACGUGGAAAAACCACAUUCUUCGCCGCCAUCGCCGCCGCCACAUUUACUGCCUCCUCUUUUGGAGGAGCAGAUAGGUGGUGGAAUAUACUACAAAGACCUAGAGUCGCCACCAUUACCACCACCAGUUCCCGCUCCUGCAAAGAAGCGGGGACGGCCUAGGAAACUUGCAGCCGCGACAGUAACCACUACUACAAGUCCACCAGCUACUACAAUAACUAGUAAUCGUAAUCCGAAUGAGUAUUACUAUUAUUCCGGGUUCGGGCCGAAGUUGGGGAAGAGGAGGCCUAGGGGAGGGAAGAAAUACGUCUGUAAUGGUAAUGAUGAUAACAAUUAUUGCUAUAAUAAUAAUACAAGUAGCAAUGAUGUUGGUUCUUGCUCUACUAGUCAGAUUAUGAGUGAAGAUGACAAUGACGAAAAUAGCAAGAAUAAUAACAAUAAUAAUAGUACUAGUACUAGUACUAGUACUAGUAAAGUAGAGAGUAUGGUGGAUGAAGAACUUGAUUAUAUUGAGGAUGAUUUCGAUGACGAUGAUGAUGAUGAAGAAGGUCAAUUUAAUGGUGUAAAGAGAGUUCGUAAGCAUGUUAAAGCUAGGUCACUUAAGUCGUUAAUGUGAGUUAUUCAUCAAUGGCGAUAAUCAAAGUGCAAAUUAGACUUCGUUUUGUAUGGGAGGUAGGAAGAAGCUAAGGUUGUAGGUUUUCUUUUUGUUUGUUGUUGUUUUGUAUUAGUUGAAUUUGUAUGGAAAAAAUAUGUACUUGGUUGAAAUUGAAUCUUGUAGUAGACUAGUAGUUUAGUACUUUCAUUUGUAAUUGCUGACGGGCGGGUAACAAUAGCAUAACUCUAGCUUUUUUUUGGUUUGAUUUUGGGUGACUUGACAAAUUUGACAUACGAGCAAAUGUAUGAUGUAUGUAACUUUGUAGUUGAAUGUUGAAGCUUGAAGGUAAUUUAAUAGUUGACUUCAAGAGCUCUACAAUUCAAAUUUUCGGUUCAAGUUCCACGUAAUAGUCUACCAUUGAAUUUUUUGACUUGUGUAAAACUUAUAUUCACUU